CACUGCGCUCGGUCCGGUCCUGUCCUGUCCUGAUUGGUGCGCCGGCGGUCACCUGACCCGACUCUCGGUCGCUGCAAGGGCAUCAGUCAUGGCGCGGUUGUUGCUAUCGGGACGAAUGGCGCUGGGCCGGCAGCUGCGGAACUACGGUGACAGCAGCCAGCUGGGAGAACUGGGUAAAGGAGCCGGCAAGGGUGGCGGUGGUGGAGGAAGCAUUAGAGAAGCGGGAGGCGCUUUUGGUACCAGACAAGCUGCUUUGGAAGAGAAGUAUUUCAAGGAAAAGGAAAGAGAGCAAAUUGAAACUCUGAGGAAGCAUCAUCUGGAGGAGAUUCAACACCACGAACGAGAGAUCCAGCGCUUGCAGGAAGAGGUUAAACGUCACAAGAGCAAGAUCAAGAAACUGAGGAUUAAUAAUGACAUAGAUGACUAGAUAUUCUAAUAUUGUUUGGUUAUCCAUUUAUCAGUCGUGGGGGGGGGGGGGUCAAUUAAUCUUUA